AUGCUUGAUGGUGACCAAGUUAGUUCAUCCUUUAGGUGCACUAAAUGCUCAUCCUCAGAACUAAGUCACCUCUAUGCUAAGCAGCACAGUAAACCUGGCUCUGUAAACGUGUGGAACUCAUGGGCAGCCAUGGCAAAUGCAGAUGUACUGGGAGAACAAAAGGUGAUAGACUACCAUGGAGCAGAAAUCGUCAGUCUUCGUUUGCUGUCACUAGUGAAGGAAGAAUUUCUGUUUCUCAGCCCCAACCUUGAUUCCCGUGGACUGCAAUGUGCUUCUUCUCCCCAUGGGCUAGUUAUGGUUGGUGUUGCUGGGACUGUCCACCGAGGAAACACUUGUUUGGGCAUUUUCGAACAAAUUUUUGGACUCAUCCGCUGCCCUUUUGUGGAGAAUACUUGGAAGAUCAAGUUUAUCAAUCUGAGAAUUGUUGGAGAGAGUUCCCUUGCUCCAGGAACAUUACCGAAACCAGCUAUUACAUUUGAGCCGAGUGACCUAGAGGCCUUUUAUAAUGUAGUCACUUUGUGUGGCACCAGUGAAGUACGAUUUAAUGUAAAGCAGGCAUUCGAUAGUGGAACUGGAGACCAAGCCUUAUGUAGUGGAAACGAGGCAUUACUGAACAAAAGGGAACUGAGUUUACCUAACCCUGUAAAGCACUGAGCACUGUUUAUCAGCCUAAAAAAUCUCAUAUGCAGAAAUUCUUCCCAGUAUUACAGAAGUAAAGUGAUUUCAGAUGUAAGAAUUGACAUAUUUUAGUUGAAAUACCUUUCUGGACUACAGACAUUAUGUGAAUACUUGCCUAUUUCUACUUGAGUUGCAACAAAUGUUCUGAGAGCUCAAUGCAGUUCAUCAAAUAAAUCUCACUUUAGAUGUUAUAGCUAA